AUGUUUUGCACUGUAAGUCAGAUGCACAAAGAACAAUUAACACGGCUUAUGAUGACACUAAAGAACACCAAUCCUUACUUUGUCAAAUGUAUCAUCCCAAACCAUGAAAAGAAAGUAGGAAAAAGUGCGUCAUUGCUCGUACUAGAACAGUUGAAAUGCAAUGGGGUAUUGGAAUGCAUUAGAAUUUGUCGUCAAGGAUUUUCUACCAGAGUUCCACUCCAAGAAUUUCGUCACCGUUAUGAGCUUUAUAAGCUUCUUACUCCCAAUGGAAUUCCUGAAGGAUUUAUAGAUGGAAAGGAAGCAGUGAGAACUGUUAAAGAUAACUGUUCCGAGGUUGAAAGCGAGUAUAAUGCAAUGGAGAAACGGUUCCAGUCUCUGAACGAAGAGAAGAAUGUUCUGCAGGAGCAGUUGCAGCAAGUGGAAAGCGAGGAAAGGACGGAAGCUGACGAAGCUAAAGAGCGACUUACUAUUAGGAAGCUGGAAUUGGAGGGUAUGAUUAGCGAAAUGAGUGCAAAACUUGAUGAAGAUGGAGAGCAACUUGAGAAAGCCUCUGAGGAGAAGAAGUUACAGGAAACUGUCAGGGACCUGGAAGAACAGCUGGAGGAGGGAGAUUUUUAUCCAUAUCCCGUUUUAUCCCGUUCUCUUGAACUCCGAGCACGUUUGACAGCAUAUGAAGCAAGCGAUUCUGAUGUACGACAGCAGUUUAAUAAGAUAAUUACUUGCUGCGAGUUUCCGCUUUCUAUUCAGAUUUACAAAGUGGCGUCGAAUAUUGUUUUUAUUGGAUGUUAA